AUGGCUACCACAAUGCCAGGAGAGCCUACUGCGGAGUCCCCGAUUUCUCAAGCCAGCCCUACUUCCUCCACAGGACAAAUUCCUCUAGAACAACCUCCCAAGCUCAAAGGCCGGCACAAAUUGCUACAUAAUCUCCAACGUAUAUCGUCCAGCCCGACAUUAACCCGCCUCGGCAGAUCCGCAUCCGUGGGCGCUUAUAGACGGGAGCGAAAGGCGUCCUUGUCGUGCGUUUCACUAUCGACAACAUACUCGCCUUGUCUUGGGGAGGGAGAAUUGUUACAGCUCAAUGGAGGUAUCAAUACCCAACCGACUACAUCGGGUUGUACAAGUGAAAUCAGCCAUCGGAUCCGCGUUGUGGGUACAGAAUCACCCAGCAAUCGGACUGUGCCUCUGCCCUCCGAUCUGAGAUCGCCCUCGCGUGGCUCUCCAUGCAAGGAUAUUCUGGAGCAUGGGACAAGAGGGGAGCGGAGAAAAUCUCGGCCGACUAGAAAUUUCGAUUUUUGGAGUGAUAUGCCGCGCGAGUUGAAGACGGAGAUUUUCCGCUAUUUGACGCCGCAGGAGAUCGUGCGUUGCUCUGCUGUUUCCAAGGCGUGGAAUGCCAUGUGCUACGACGGACAAUUGUGGUCUAACGUUGACACGACGGAGUAUUACCAGAGGAUCCCAAGUGAUGUGCUGGUGAAACUGAUUACUUGUGGUGGUCCAUUUGUGCGCGACCUAAAUUUGCGAGGUUGCGUGCAGCUCCGCGAUAAAUGGUCUUCAGAUGGAAAGCGCAUCUCAGACUUGUGUAGGAAUGUUGUCAAUUUCUCACUUGAGGGUUGUCGCAUUGAUCGGUCGUCGAUGCAUUAUUUCCUGCUGAGGAACCCUCGUCUGGAAUACAUUAAUGUCUCUGGGUUGAGCAGUGUGACGAACUCAGCAAUGAAAAUUAUAGCGCAGUCCUGUCCAUACCUUGAGGCGUUGAAUAUCUCAUGGUGCAACAAGGUCACGACUGAAGGACUCAUUCGAGUGGUCCAGUCUUGUGAGCGACUCAAGGAUCUCAGGGCCAGUGAAGUCCAAGGCUUCAAUAAUGUAGAAUUCACAGUGGAGUUGUUCAAACGGAAUACCCUAGAACGCCUCAUAUGCAGUCGCACUGAUCUGAACGACCAAAGUCUAAAGGCACUGCUACAUGGCAUUGACCCAGAAAUGGAUAUUUUGACCGACAGAGCGGUUGUGCCACCUCGAAAACUGCGUCACUUGGAUAUACAUCACUGCCCUGACGUGACCGACGUCGGCCUAAAGAGCCUUGCCCAUAACGUCCCCGAGCUAGAAGGCCUGCAAAUCUCACAGUGCCCCGAGCUAACCGAUGACUCGGUGAUCAAAGUGAUUCGCACCACGCCACUCCUCUCUCAUCUCGACUUGGAAGAUCUGGAUCGCCUGACAAACAGCACCCUUUUCGAACUUUCCAAGGCUCCAUGUGCCAAGGUUCUUGAGCAUCUAAACAUCAGCUACUGUGAAAGCUUAGGUGACACUGGCAUGCUGCCUGUAGUGAAAAUCUGUCCGAAACUACGUUCCCUAGAGAUGGACAACACCCGCGUCUCAGACCUUACCCUAAUGGAAGCCAGCUUCCGAGUUCGCAGACGUGGCUACAGCGACGAACAUCCCAAGAUUGGAAUGCGCAUUGUAGUUUUCGAUUGUAUAAACGUUACCUGGGCCGGUGUCAAGGAGGUGCUAUUCAGCAACGCAUACAUCCCCCGAUUAUCUCGUAAGCCUGUGUCAACAGUUGUGACAGUGACUCAAGCCUCGGACGCAGACUCGUCCCCCGUGACAACAACCUUUGUCACGCCAGCUUCCACGCCUUCGCCCUCGCCCACAUACCCGAACGAGAUAAUCCAGCUGAAAUGCUACCACGGAUGGCAGAUGACCGUCGAUGAGCACACGAAGCGUGUUCUGCGCGGUGACUUGGCCGCCGCUAGUCGGCUGGACCACAAGUGGGCCGAUUACAUGAUGGCCACCCAGGAGGCCGGCGCUCCUGGCGCUGGAACUCGGCGCAGAAGACGCCGAGCCCGCGAAGCUGAAAGACUAUAUACGAUCGAUGACGAUGUUGAUGAAAACGGUGCCUAUAUUGUAAACAAUCACACUGGCGGGCGUCGCCGACGUGCCCAGACCAGUGUUGGCGUCUGCUCAGUGAUGUGA